UGGGUCAGGUGACAGCGGCCGAGCGCCCUCAGCCCAGACGCGGAAGGGCGCGGACGGGAGGACCGGACGGCGGAGCCAUGCGCGCCGCGGCGCUGCCCGGGCUCCCGCUGCUGCUCCUGCUGCUCGCGGCCCGGCCCGCGGGCGCCGCCGCGCGCUUCGACCCCACCUGGGAGUCGCUGGACGCCCGCGAGCUGCCCGCGUGGUUCGACCAGGCCAAGUUCGGCAUCUUCAUCCACUGGGGCGUGUACUCCGUACCCAGCUUCGGGAGCGAGUGGUUCUGGUGGUAUUGGCAAAAGGAAAAGAUAACGAAGUUUGUGGAUUUUAUGAAAGCGAAUUACCCUCCUGAUUUCAAAUAUGAAGAUUUUGGACCACUAUUUAAAGCAAAGUUUUUCGAUGCUAACCAGUGGGCAGAUAUUUUUCAGGCUUCUGGUGCCAAAUAUAUCGUCUUAACUUCCAAGCAUCAUGAAGGUUUCACCUUAUGUGGCUCAAAGUAUUCAUGGAACUGGAAUGCUGUAGAUGAGGGGCCAAACAGGGACAUCGUCAAGGAACUUGAGUUAGCCAUUAGGAAAAGGACUGACCUACGUUUUGGACUGUAUUAUUCCCUUUUUGAAUGGUUUCAUCCACUCUUCCUUGAUGAUGAAUUCAGUUCAUUUCAUAAGCGACAAUUUCCAGAUUUUAAGAUGCUGCCUGAGCUCUAUGACUUAGUGAACAAGUAUCAGCCUGAAGUCCUGUGGGCAGAUGGUGACGGUGGAGCACCAGAUUCCUACUGGAACAGCACAGGCUUCUUAGCCUGGCUGUACAAUGAGAGCCCAGUUCGGGACACAGUCGUCACCAAUGACCGUUGGGGAGCCGGCAGCAUCUGCAAGCAUGGUGGCUAUUAUACCUGCAGUGAUCGUUAUAACCCAGGACAUCUUUUGCCACAUAAAUGGGAAAACUGCAUGACAAUAGACAAGUUCUCCUGGGGCUAUAGGAGGAAUGCUGGGAUCUCUGACUAUCUUACAAUUGAAGAAUUGGUGAAGCAACUGGUACAAACAGUUUCAUGUGGAGGAAAUCUUUUGAUGAAUAUUGGGCCCACACAAGAUGGCAUCAUUUCUCCAAUUUUUGAGGAGCGAUUAAGGCAAAUGGGGACCUGGCUAAAAGUCAAUGGAGAAGCUAUUUAUGAAACCCACCCUUGGAGAUCACAGAAUGACACUGUCAACCCAGAUGUGUGGUAUACAUCCAAACCUCAAAAAAAAUUGGUGUAUGCAACGUUUCUCAAAUGGCCCGUAUCAGGACAGCUGUUUCUUGGCCAACCCACAGCUACCAUGGGGGCAACAGAGGUUGAACUACUGGGACAUGGACAGCCACUUAACUGGACAUCUUUGAAGCAACAUGGCCUUACAGUAGAACUGCCACAUCUAACCCCUCAUCAGAUGCCCUGUGACUGGGGCUGGGUGCUAGCACUAACUAAUGUGAUCUGAUUUACAGCACAGUUCAUGGUGCAGUUGUAUCUAAGACUAGAAAAUAUCAGGUUUCUAUAAUUGUAGCACAUGGAGAAAGCAAAUAUGAAAUUGGCCAAGAAAAGUCAAGUAAUUAUUUAGACAAUUCAGCCCUUUUUCCCUUAACCCUAAAUUUUUUCCUAAAUUACCCAUGUAACUGUGUUAACUCCCCAUGGGGUACACUCUGCUAUUUAAGUCUCUUCACACUGAAUUUAUUUCCAUGUGUGAUUCAGAGGUAGAAAUUUUUGUUUUGGAGUAGCUUGGAAUUGGUGGUGUCAAGGACUGUAUCGUGUUUCCUGCCAAAGUCCUGAUCACCAAUGUGACUUUAUUUGGGGAGAGAGCCUUUCAAGCAGUAACUAAGGUUAAAUGAAGUCAUGAAGGGAGGGACCCAAAUCCCACAUGACUGGUGUCCUUAGGAGAAACACCACGGAUGUGAACACAGAGAGGAUGACACAGAGGGACACCGGGAGAAGGCAGGCCACCUGCAGGGUGAGGAGAGGGCUCAGGCGAAACCAAAGCUGCCCACAUCUUAGGCUCUCAGCUUUCAGAACUGCGAGAAAAUAAAUUACUGUUGUUUAAGCCA